AGAAAUCAAAUAUAAAAUGUCCACAAUAUUUCCAAUAAUUGAUAAAAUUGAAAGAGAUGUUGAAAUAAUGUUACUAAGAUAUGACCUUAAUGAAGACAAACGUUUAACUCGAAAGGAAGUUAUUGAAUCCUUAAAACAGGAUAAGGUUGAGGACCCAGAAAUUUCCGCUGGAUUGAUCUUUAAAUCAAUAGAUGUCAAUAAAGAUGACAUUAUUUCAAUUAGCGAAAUUAGAGCAAAUCUCAAUAAAUUAAAUAAAAAGAAUUUAGAAGAAGCUAUUGCCCAUGAUUUAAAAGAAUUUUUCGAAAAUCAUGACCAAAAUAAUGACAAAAAAAUCACACUUGGCGAAUUGGUUGAAGGCUUGGUUAGAGCUGAAAAUUAUGAUAAAGAGACUGCUAAAAAAAUUGCAGAGUUAAUCUUUAAAGCAAAAGAUACUGAUAAUGAUGGAGUUUUGACUGUUGGUGAGCUUGAAAAACAUUUUCGUGCCAUAGCAUCAGAAUAUUUAUAAUUGAUUGUUUUGCUAUAAAAACUCACUUUAAGGUGAUAAAAUUAAUAAAAACAAAAUUAUACAUAAAGGUAUUUUAAUAGUUUAAU